GCCAUUUCGAGGCGGGAGCGGAUCGCGAGGCGCUGCCCCGGUGGUUCGCUCGCCUUGUCGCCCGUCGGCCCGGUCGCGUCGAGCCCCCAAGCACCGUGAGAGGGUCGAGGACGGGGACGAGGAGGAGACCCUAGAAAGGCGGCAUCAUGGGUGACCUGAAAAACUUCUUGUAUGCCUGGUGCGGGAAAAGGAAGGUGACCCCAACCUAUGAAAUAAGAGCCGUGGGGAACAAGAACAGGCAGAAGUUCAUGUGUGAGGUUCGAGUGGAAGGAUUCAACUAUACUGGCAUGGGCAACUCUACAAAUAAAAAAGAUGCGCAGAGUAAUGCUGCCAGAGACUUUGUCAAUUACCUGGUCCGAGUGAAUGAAGUCAAGAGUGAAGAAGUGCCAGCUAUGGGGGUGGCACCACCAACUACUGAAACACCUGAUGCAGCAGCAGCAGCCGCUGCCGCCGCCGCAGCAGGAACGGGUAGUGGUGGAGAGUUCCCAACUACCUCUGGAGGACCCCUGCCUCCACAUCUGGCCAUUAAGGACGAGGGAACUUUGACUGCUGAAGGUGGAGAUUCUGACUAUGACGGUGGUGGUGCUGAUGGCCAGUGGGAUCAUGGAACAAAUAUGAAGGAUUACUACACGAGGAAGGAGGAACAAGAAGCCCAAGCGACUCUAGAGUCAGAAGAAGUGGAUUUAAAUGCUGGGCUUCACGGAAACUGGACCUUGGAGAAUGCUAAGGCUCGGCUGAACCAAUUUUUUCAAAAGGAAAAAGUCCAGGGAGAAUAUAAAUACACCCAAGUGGGUCCAGAUCACAACAGGAGCUUUAUCGCAGAAAUGACUGUGUACAUCAAGCAACUGGGUCGAAGAAUCUUUGCCCGUGAGCAUGGAUCAAACAAAAAGUUAGCAGCACAGUCUUGUGCACUGUCCCUGGUCAGACAGUUCUACCAUCUUGGGGUAAUUGAACCUUACUCUGGACUGACAAAGAAGAAGGAAGGAGAGUCGGUGGAACCUUAUACCGUGAACCUGUCUAACGACUUAGAGCAUCAGCUGCAGAAUGUCGUACAGGAACUGUGCCUGGAGAUCUUGCCACCACCUGAAGAUCCCAGUUUUCCAGUUACCCUCAACAUGGGUAAACUGGCCCAGUUUGAACCAUCCCAGCGACAGAGUCAGACUGGAGUUGUCCCCUGGUCGCCCCCUCAAUCGAACUGGAAUCCGUGGACCAGUAGCAACAUUGAUGAGGGCCCCUUGGCCUAUGCUACCCCAGAGCAGAUAAGUGCAGACCUGAAAAAUGAACUCAUGUACCAGCUCGAACAGGAUCGUGAUCUAAAAGCGAUUCUGGAGGAGAGGGAGAUGCUGCCAGUGAAGAAGUUUGAGAAAGAAAUCCUGGAAGCCAUCCAUCACAAUUCUGUUGUCAUUAUCCGUGGUGCUACUGGAUGUGGUAAAACCACUCAGGUUCCCCAGUUCAUUCUGGAUGAAUGCAUCUGGAACAAUCGAGCAGCAGAGUGUAACAUUGUGGUGACUCAGCCUAGGAGAAUCAGUGCCGUUUCUGUGGCAGAGCGAGUAGCAUAUGAGCGAGGAGAAGAACCUGGAAAAAGCUGUGGCUACAGUGUGCGAUUUGAGUCCGUCCUUCCCCGUCCUCAUGCCAGUGUGAUGUUCUGCACUGUCGGUGUGCUCCUGAGGAAACUGGAAGCUGGCAUUCGUGGAAUUAGUCACGUAAUCGUAGAUGAAAUCCAUGAAAGAGACAUUAAUACUGACUUCCUUUUGGUGGUGCUACGGGAUGUGGUGCAAGCUUACCCCGAGGUGCGCAUUGUCCUCAUGUCUGCCACCAUCGACACUAGCAUGUUCUGCGAAUAUUUCUUCAACUGCCCCAUCAUUGAAGUCUAUGGCCGGACCUACCCCGUUCAAGAGUAUUUUCUGGAAGACUGUAUUCAGAUGACCCAGUUCAUUCCCCCACCAAGGGACAAGAAGAAAAAGGACAAGGAUGAUGACGGUGGUGAUGAUGACGAUGCAAAUUGUAACCUGAUCUGCAGCGAUGAUUAUGGACCAGAAACCAAGCGUUGUAUGGCCCAACUGAAUGAAAAAGAAACUCCAUUUGAGCUCAUUGAGGCGCUGCUAAAGUACAUUGAGACCCUAAACGUUCCUGGAGCUGUGCUUGUCUUCCUUCCUGGCUGGAAUCUGAUUUACACCAUGCAGAAACACCUAGAAAUGAACCCACACUUUGGGAGCCACCGAUACCGGAUUUUGCCUCUGCAUUCACAGAUUCCUCGGGAGGAGCAGCGCAAAGUUUUUGAUUCGGUGCCAGCUGGAGUAACCAAGGUUAUUUUGUCUACAAACAUUGCCGAGACCAGCAUUACCAUUAAUGAUGUUGUUUAUGUGCUUGACUCCUGCAAGCAGAAGGUGAAGUUGUUCACUGCUCACAACAACAUGACCAACUACGCUACAGUCUGGGCAUCCAAAACCAACCUAGAGCAGCGGAAAGGCCGAGCCGGUCGUGUGCGGCCUGGAUUCUGUUUCCAUCUCUGCAGCAGAGCUCGCUUUGACAGGCUUGAAACCCACAUGACUCCUGAAAUGUUCCGAACACCGCUGCAUGAAAUUGCCUUGAGCAUCAAGCUUUUGCGCCUGGGAGGAAUCGGUCAGUUCCUGGCCAAAGCCAUUGAGCCACCACCGCUGGAUGCUGUGAUUGAAGCGGAACACACUCUCAGAGAGCUUGAUGCACUGGAUGCCAAUGAUGAGUUGACACCUCUGGGGAGAAUCCUGGCUAAACUCCCCAUCGAACCUCGCCUGGGCAAGAUGAUGAUCAUGGGCUGCAUUUUCUACGUCGGGGAUGCUGUGUGCACCAUCUCUGCUGCCACCUGUUUCCCAGAACCCUUCAUUAAUGAGGGCAAGCGACUUGGUUACGUCCACCGGAAUUUUGCCGGGAGCAGAUUUUCGGAUCAUGUGGCCCUUCUGUCGGUGUUCCAAGCCUGGGAUGAUGCCAGAAUGGGUGGGGAAGAGGCAGAAAUACGCUUCUGUGAGCACAAAAGGCUUAACAUGGCUACACUCAGAAUGACUUGGGAGGCCAAAGUCCAACUCAAGGAAAUUCUGCUUAAUUCUGGCUUCCCAGAAGACUGUUUGCUGACCCAAGUAUUCAACAACACUGGGCCAGACAAUAACUUGGAUGUUGUGAUUUCCCUGCUGGCUUUUGGGGUGUACCCUAAUGUCUGUUACCACAAAGAAAAGCGGAAGAUUCUUACCACCGAGGGACGCAAUGCACUUAUUCACAAGUCGUCUGUCAACUGCCCCUUCAGCAGCCAGGACAUGAAGUACCCAUCUCCUUUCUUCGUAUUUGGAGAAAAGAUUCGCACACGGGCCAUCUCUGCCAAAAGCAUGACUUUAGUGAGUCCCCUGCAGCUGCUGCUCUUCGCCUCCAAGAAAGUUGUAUCUGAUGGGACGAUUAUGGUGUUGGAUGACUGGAUCAAGCUGCAGAUGUCUCACAAUGCUGCUGCCUGCAUCACUGCCCUCCGGGCAGCCAUGGAAGCCCUGGUGGUUGAAGUAACCAAAGAACCUGAAAUCAUCAGCCAGUUGGACCCUGCGAACGAGCGCAUGCUCAAUAUGAUCCGCCAGAUUUCCAGGCCCGCCGCAGCAGGCAUCAACCUCAUGGUUGGCAGCGCGAGGUAUGGCGAUGGCCCUCGCCCACCCAAAAUGGCUCGCUACGACAACGGAGGCGGGUACAGAGGAAGCCAGGGCGGUUCUGGCUAUCGCGGGGGAGGCUACGGCAGUGGAGGCUAUAGGGGUGGCUAUAAUUCCUAUCGAGGAGGUUAUCAAAGUGGAGGAGGAUACAGAGGAGGGUCAGGCGGAGGCUACAGUAGAGGGGGGUCUGGAGGAAGCUACGGUGGGAGCUAUGGCGGAGGCGGCUAUGGCGGAGGAGGCUAUGGUGGAGGAGGCUAUGGCGGAGGAAGCUAUGGCGGAGGAAGCUACGGCGGAGGAAGCUUUGGUGGAGGAAGCUUUGGCACAGGGAGCUUUGGCACAGGGAGCUUUGGUGGAGGGAGCUUUGGCGGAGGGAGCUGCGGAGGAGGAGGAGGAAGCUAUGGAGGAGGGAGCUUUGGGGGCUAUAGAGGUUUCAGAGGGGCUGGAGGAUUCCAAGGAGGGAACAGAGGUGGCUAUGGAGAUGGAUUUGGGGGGCAAGGAAGGGGAAGAGGAAGUUAUUAAAAGUGGUUAUUUUAGAAUCCAUACUCCCAUCUUCAGAUAGUCUUUAACUAUGCAUGAUGUUUUUUCCAAUAAAUUGUCAGUAAGUCGAGCCUAUUUUUCACUUCCUGUAGCUUCGUCAUUGUAGGUUAAAGAAAAAUAGAUGUACCAGUGAUUUUUGUUUACAUGAUGUAAGAUACUGAUCUAUUUCAGUAACACAGCUACUUUGUUCUUAAUUUGUUUUUGAGAUUAAUUUGAUAUGUAAAAUAAAGCAAAAGGUAAGGGUC